GCAACGUGUUGACAAACGAGACGACGACGACGACGACAAGAGUGGUGGAUGUAUACCCCCAUCCGCCCAAGUCCCACCACCGUUUGGUUUCUGAUUAUUAUUCAAUCGCUUACUACACAUUCACACCAAAUCUUUGUUUAAACUCGUCGUGACAGUAGUCGUGUGGUGCGCUUCGUGCGGUGGGUUUGUAUCUGUCUAAUCAUUUUAUUAUUUGUGUGCAUUCUUGUUUUUGUGGACGCCAUGGGACAGGAGUACGGAAACGGCUCAAAAUUCAAUAACUUUGAAAGGACUUGCCAACUUUAGUUUUUUUCGUUUUGGUUUAAUUUCUUUCGUGAAUAAAGAAAAAGUGCGAAUGCAGUGAUUCCACACAACUGCAGUUGUUAUAAUAAUCAUAUACAUAUCAACUUUCUAACUCAAAGUUUUCCUACUGUCUUUCGUUACCUUUUUUUACUUCUAAUUUUAUAAUCCCUUUAUCUGCAACAAUUUGCCCUUUAGUUUAUUUCAAAAUUUUAUGCCAAAGUGAAUUUUAUAAAAUAAAAUAAAUAUUACAUUGGAAAUCAGAAAAUCAAAGUAUGAUUUAUAUCCCAAAACAAGAUUAACGGAAUACUACAAAUUAACGGAAGAAGGAUUCCUUCGUAAUAAAUAUAUAUAAAAAACAAGAUUUGCAGCCUAAUUUAAAUACAGAGGUCAAUAUUUGACUUGGAUUUGGUCUACGGAAACUGGUGCUCACAUUUUAAGGAAUUUAUAUUAAAGCAUGCGGAUAAUUUAAGAACAUCUGCUACGACCGGCCCUACCAUGGGCGAUAUUUUAGAAUUUUCCAUAUCCAAUUUUCUAAGCUUGCUUGGAUCGUCGAGAAGAAAAUCUUGGAGUUUGCUAUCUUCCAGAAAAUUCGUUUUUCACAGUUCUUCCUCUGUUCUAUUAUGGAUCUCUUUAGCGUUAGUUUGCAUUAUCAGCCAUGGCUCAGCCACCCCUUCAAAUCAAAAUCAGAUUCAUACCCAUAUGGAUGAGACGGAACUGCGGCGAAUUUUCCAAGUGGAUAGUCAUCAUCAAGUGCCAGAAUAUCAAGUUGUGUCAAUUCAUUCAAGGUCCAAGAGAUCGAUGGAUGAAAACAGACUAGUUAGUUUCAAUGCAUUUGGGAAAGACGUUCGUCUUCACCUGGAGAAGAAUCCUCACCUGGUGAAGCAGUCCCUUCGAAUGUGGAUUGCUGAGCCAGAUUCAUCCGAAGGAGUCAAUUACAAGGAGUUGCCUCAGGAAGCGGAAGAGGAUAUUGGGGAAGCAUACCAAGAUGAGAGUAAUCAAGCAGCUCUGCUCAUUCAUCAUGACAAAAACGAUGGCAGCUUACUUAUGGACGGCAUGGUUGGGUCCAAUCUCGUUGUGAAACCUGUCCCCACGACCCUUCGGCAACAUUCUCCAACGCCAAAACGGGACGAUUCAGAUGAAGCAUUCCUUGAUGACGAAAUGGGCGACGAAUGGGUCGUCAAAAACGGAUUUCCUAACAUGAAUGACUCAAUCCCAUUUCUGAAUAAUACACAAGGAAUGCACAUCGUAUAUCAAACCAAGCAUAUCGAAUCCCAUUCUGACUACGCUUUCAUGGAACCCGAUCAAAACCCUUUUAAAAGUUCUAGACAGAAGCGACAUGCCGAUCGCACCAAACGGGAUGCCCCAUACGUCAUUUAUCCCGAAAUUUUAGUAAUUGUUGACUACGACGGAUACAGACUUCAUGGCGGAGAUAACUUGCAGGUCAAGCGCUAUUUCGUUUCAUUUUGGAAUGGAGUUGAUUUGCGAUACAAGGUUUUGAGAGGGCCUAAAGUUAGAAUUUCAAUUGCUGGAAUUAUUAUUUCAAGGGGUCGUGACGCCACUCCCUAUCUUGAACGAAACCGUGUUGGUCGAGAUGCGUUGGACUCCGCCUCAGCUCUCACAGAUCUUGGCAAGUACCUGUUUCAAGAGCGAAGAUUACCUGUGUAUGAUAUUGCCGUAGUGGUUACAAAGCUGGACAUGUGUCGACGGCAGUUUGCCAACGACGUUUGCAACCGUGGAACUGCAGGAUUUGCCUAUGUUGGAGGGGCUUGCGUAGUCAAUAAACGGCUUGAGAAGGUCAAUUCAGUCGCCAUUGUCGAAGAUACCGGUGGAUUUUCUGGGAUUAUUGUUGCAGCCCAUGAAGUCGGUCAUUUAUUGGGAUGCGUUCAUGACGGUUCACCAGCUCCGAGCUAUUUGGGAGGUCCAGGGGCUCAGAAGUGUAGGUGGGAGGACGGUUACAUUAUGAGUGAUCUACGUCACACCGAGAGGGGUUUUCAAUGGUCGGCUUGUUCCAUCAGCCAGUUCCACCAUUUCUUAAACGGAGACACUGCCACUUGUUUGUACAACUCCCCCCAUGAAGAUGGGUCUUUACCACGCGUAUUACCAGGAAAGCUUUUGAGUUUGGACGCUCAAUGUCGAAAGGAUAGAGGAACUUCUGCCUGCUUCAAAGACGACCGUGUGUGCGCCCAACUGUUUUGUUUUGAUGCCUCGUCAGGAUACUGUGUUGCUUACAGACCUGCCGCUGAGGGAUCUCCUUGUGGCCAACAAUCGAGUUUUUGUGCUUCGGGCCGCUGCGUUGUUGAACACGAAAAUAUUAUACCUGAUUAUUCGCAAAUCGCUCCCGUAAUUUCUCGUGACCCAUUAAGCAAAGGAUCUUCAUUUACUUUUCCCACCUCGUCAUCUGUAGUUCCUACAACCUUACGGCCAAAAAGUAGCAAAGCACCUCCGCUGGUAACCCCACGAUCUGCGGAGUUGAGUUCCACGACUAGAACGACCACACGGCGAACAACCACAACUACUGCUGUAUCAAUUUAUCGAAAUAAUCAGCCAGUUCCCAGCAGAAGAGACAGUGAUAUCGCAGCCUGUGUGGAAGAUAGAGUAUCAAGCAUUGGUGAUCUGAAUUGUAAAUCUUUUUUGGAAAAAUAUGGGUUCAAAUUUUGCACUUCGAAUUACAUAAAACAGAAUUGCUGUUCUUCCCACAAAACAGUUUGCUCUGUUUAAAGCAAACAAACUAGUAUUUAUGUUUAAAUGUAUGACGCAUGUUUGAAUUUUGUUGACUGAAAUUAAAACGAACCGACUAGUUAUUAUUAAAAAUAAAUAAAUCGAAGGAACAAC